AUGGAGAAAUUGAAGGCUGCCAAGUCCCUUUCAUUUGUGACUAAGCGCUCUGAGGAGAAACAAUUAAAUGAGAUCUCAUACCUGACUAUUAAAGAACCCCAAUCUUCCCUUAACCAUGAUCAAAUGGUGACUCUUCUUGAGAGGUUUGCGGGUGCGUAUGGGUGGCCGAAGGAGGAUGAAAAGCACAAGACUUGGAGUCUGAUUAGACAUCUCUAUGAAGAGUCUCCUUUCUCGAUUCUUUUGGGUGGUGAUUUUAAUGAGUUUUUGCACUAUGAUGAGGUUGAAGGAGGGGAAGCAAGGGUGAGGAGAGAAAUAGCAAAGUUUCGUGAGGUGCUAGAUGAUUGUAGACUUCGUGAUUUGAAGUUUGAAGGGAGCUGCGUGGGCCGAGUCAAUGGGUGUGCCUAUGGUGGAGAGAAUUGCCACAGUUGCAAGAGGGUUAGGAGAGUGGAGCAAUAUUAUACACUUCAGAAGCUGGGAGAACAAAUCGCUAAUACAGAAAAAUCCCUUCUUGAAGCGCAGCAAAGGAUGGUUUCGAACAGGAGUAUUGAAACUUUCUCUAAACUGGAGAAGAAACUUGAUAACCUGAAUGAAAAGCUCGAGGCCCACUGGUACAUUCGUAGUAGGGUCGCAAAGGUUAGGGACGGGGACAAGAACACCAAAUAUUUUCAUCAUAGGGCUUCUCAGCGGAAGGAGAGAAAUUUCAUUCGUGGAAUGCUUGAUAAUGAGGACGAAUGGCAAACCGACGAUGACAAAAUUGAAAGCAUCAUUAUGCACCACUUUGAGGGCCUGUUCUCAUCUUCCGACCCCUAA